AUGUCCCACGAAGCUCUGAACCCAAUCCAUCCCUCGGUCCUACCCGAAUUGGACCCCGUGUUUGUUCAAUUGUACAACGAACACGUCGCAAACACCCCCGCGGGACCAAUUGAUCUCGCCCUCUUGCGCACCAAGUAUUCUGUACUCUACUCAUAUGGCACCGGGCCAGCACCAGACUGUGCUCGGGUCUAUGAUGCAGAAGUACCGGGUCACAAUGGGGACAUGAUCCCUGUCCGCGUAUACGAGCCAGCUUCCCCAGGCCCAUGGCCAGUGCACAUCGAUUUUCAUGGUGGAGGAUGGGGCCUUGGUGACCUUGACACGGAAUCCCACAUCUGCAAACACAUUUGCGUCAAAGCAGACGUCUGCGUGAUAGACGUGGAUUACCGUCUUGUGCCAGAGCAUGCAUUCCCAAUUGGCAUUCAGGACUCGUUUGCCGCGCUGCAGCAUAUCCACGCUAAGGGCGCCCAGCAAUUCAAGAUCGACCCAACACGAAUUUCACUUGGAGGCGUUUCAGCCGGAGGAAACAUCGCAUUGGUAUGCGCGCAUCUGGCCAGAGAUGCCAAUAUUCCCCUCAAGCUGGUAGCUGUCGGUACACCCACCGUGGACGAUAUUUCCAAAUACAAAACAGCAUCCGAAGCGCCUUGGCCAUCAAUGCAAGCCAUGGAACAUGCGCCGACUCUCAAUUGGGCGCGUUUGAAAUGGUUUGAUAAUCUCAAAUGGCAAAGUAUUGCACCGGCUGGUCCAGAGCGGGAAUCUCAAAUUGCUGCUGUCAGUUGGUAUGCGAAUAUUCUCGAUGCCCCUAAUUUUGAGGGUUUGCCGACAACGCUCAUUUAUACUGCUGGGUGUGACCCGCUGCGCGAUGAGGGUGAGGCUUAUGCCCAGAAAUUGAUUGCGAAUGGAAAUGAAGUGAUUCAGAAACGGUUUGCUGGGGUUCCUCAUCCGUUCAUGCAUAUGGACAAAGGUGUGUUGUUCCGUCCUUGGCUGGUGAUUGGAAAAAAGUUGACCUUUUUUACCCCACAGAUUUGUGGCAAGCAAAGCAGUUUAUUGAUCUGA